GAUUCAAAUCCAAUAGAUAACAACAAGAAAAGAAAUUUGCCGUUAAAAAAUUACUUUUAAAUGUACAUUUUCUAUAUUUUAGUUAAUAUAUAGUGCCCAAAAAAGAAGAUGCCAGUACAAACCCACAACACAGGUAGAGGGGAGGCUAUAAAUUUCUAGUUAAACACCAAGCUAGACAGAAGUUAAUUAUUUUUAUUCUUGCUUAUUAUUAUUUUUUUAAAUUACAAUGCUUUCCUCAUCCACCAAUGCCUUCUCUCCUUCAAAGUCUUUCUUUGAUAACCAAAAAGAUAACCAUGACUUUAACUAUCCCCAGGAAAUCGACAACCCAUUUAUCUCUACUGAUUUUGUUUGUCACACCUACACCGGUCCAGCUCAUGUUCCCCAGGUCACUGAAGAAGCUACCACACUCGAACAAGGCUUUGUUCUGCAGCACCAGUUUUCUGAAGAUCAUGAUGAUCUUUUAGAGUCAGUGGUAUCUUCCUAUAAGAAGAAAAUAGUGACCACAAAGAAAGAUGGGCAUAGUAAGAUCUGCACAGCUGGAGGCCUUAGAGAUCGGAGGGUGAGAUUGUCCAUUGACAUCUCAAGAAAGUUCUUUUGUCUUCAAGAGUUGCUAGGGUUUGAUAAAGCAAGCAAAACCCUUGAUUGGCUCUUCACCAAGUCUCUAACAGCAAUCAAGGAUUUGGUUGAACAAACAAACCACUCUUCAUCUUCAGCUCUCACUGAUGAAUCUAAUGCCAAGUUUCUGGAAAGCAUUAAGGGAGAUUCAGAUGACGAAAAUACCCAAAAAGAGAAGUCAUUACUGAAACGUGUGGAUGGAAAAGGGAAGAAAGGGACUCAAAGAGCCAAAGUUAGAUCUCAGGAGAGUUUUUCUAGAGAACAGUCAAGGGCAGAGGCAAGAGAAAGAGCUAGAAAAAGAACAAAGGAAAAAAAUCGUGCAAAAAAGUUUGAUGAUUGUGAAUCAGGCUUGGAGUGUUCAAUGGAUCAAGAAACUUCCAAUCAAUCAAAGGAUUCAAGCUUUCAGGUUAGAGCAUGACAAGAGAUUUUAAGAGAUCUUGCAGUAUAAUGAUUUUCAUCUGGAAUAUGUCAUAUGUGUAUUAAUUAGUUACUCAAACAUAUAUGUGAAGUACUAAUCAUAUGGAGAUGUGUAUUACUGUAUUUGUUUGUUUGUCACACUAUGUAUUAGGUAUAACUAAUAAUGGUGGAGCUAAGCAUUAAAGUUAGGAUACCACUAAUAUAAAAAAAAAUAGAAUACCCUUAAAUUUUUAGACUAGCUUCCAACAUUAAAGUUUUACAUGUAGUGAAAAAAAAAAAAAAUUGUCCUUUUACUUAAAAAGGUCUCUCAUGUUCUCUGGUAGUGUGUUGUAAUAUUUCACCAAAGUAACCUCUAGAUUUGAGAC